AAUGUCUGGGUGGGACGAGGGCGCCGUGUUCUACAGCGAUCAGGCGCAGUACCCGGAGCAGGAUGGAUCCCCUGAGGUCACGCGCCAUUCCGCCCAGCGUAAGUUCAAGGAGUUCUUCAGGAGCUACUCUCAUCCAGAUGGGAGCUUCACCUACAGGGAGAGUCUCCUUCACAACCCGAAAUCUGUGGAAGUGUCGAUCGAGGACCUGCAUUUCUUCGAUGGAGAUUUGGCGGAGAAAGUCCGGAAUUUUCCCACGGAUUAUUUACCUCUGCUCGAGAGUGCUGCGGCAGAAGUAGUCGCGAGUUUGCAAUCGAAAGUCGCUGCUGAAACCGGUGAAAUGGCCGAGCCUGAUACUGGCGAAGUCCAAGUUUUACUCGCCUCCAAAGAACUAGUGUCAUCGAUACGAACUCUUGGGGCAGGCUGGAUCUCGAAGCUGGUAAAAGUUUCUGGCAUCAUAAUCGCGGCCUCAAGGACAAAAGCCAAAGCCACUGCUGUGACUUUGUGCUGCAGAAACUGUAAAAACGUAAAGGUAGUUCCAUGCAGACCUGGUCUCGGUGGAGCCAUGAUGCCACGCUCUUGCGAUCAUGUUCCUCAGCCUGGUGAAGAACCGUGUCCUAUAGAUCCAUGGCUUGUGAUCCCAGACCGGAGCAAAUAUGUCGAUCAACAAACGCUGAAGUUACAAGAGAAUCCUGAGGAUGUUCCUACCGGGGAGCUCCCUAGAAACCUUCUGCUAGCUGCCGAUCGAAAUCUAGUUCAAAAGACUGCUCCUGGUACUCGGGUCACAGUUCUUGGAGUAUAUAGCAUCUUCCAAACCGGAAAUGCAACAACGCAAAAAGGAGCUGUGGCAAUCAGACAGCCUUACUUAAGGGUUGUGGGAAUGGACCAUGCAGCAGAGGGGAAUUCUAGAGGCGCGCCUUCUUUUACAGCUGACGAGGAAAACGAAUUUAAAGAGUUUUCUCGGAAGCCCGACUCGUACCAGCUGGUUUGCAAUCUUCUUGCUCCUUCAAUCUUCGGCCACGACGACAUAAAAAAGGCCGUAGCAUGUCUGAUGUUUGGAGGUUCUCGUAAGUCACUACCCGAUGGAGUACGUCUUCGAGGCGAUAUUAACGUUCUUCUUUUGGGAGAUCCGUCGACUGCAAAGUCUCAGUUUUUGAAAUUUGUGGAGAAAACUGCGCCGAUUGCUGUGUAUACAUCUGGCAAGGGUUCCUCUGCUGCUGGAUUGACUGCAUCCGUCAUACGUGAUGCGAGUUCGCGAGAGUUCUAUUUAGAGGGAGGAGCGAUGGUGCUUGCCGAUGGAGGGGUGGUUUGCAUUGACGAAUUUGACAAGAUGAGGCCAGAAGACAGAGUAGCCAUUCACGAGGCUAUGGAACAGCAAACAAUCUCUAUAGCCAAGGCUGGCAUUACUACGGUUUUAAAUUCACGAACAUCAGUACUGGCCGCAGCCAAUCCUCCAUCUGGACGUUAUGACGAUUUGAAGACUGCUCAAGAAAACAUUGACCUUCAGACAACUAUUUUAUCUCGAUUUGAUCUGAUUUUUAUAGUCAAGGAUGCCAGAGAUCAUCAAAGAGACAUGCAAAUCGCUCGGCACGUAGUAACAGUACAUGCCUCAGCAGGUUUUGGAUCAAAAGAUGCUGAUGUUCGUGAAAAAUAUAACUGGCUUAAAAGAUAUAUUGAGUUUUGCCGAGAUCGCUGUAGGCCUCGCUUGUCCGAUUCAGCUGCAGUUAUGCUACAAAACAGUUACGUCGAGAUUAGAAAGCAAAUGAGAGAGCAAAGCCAAACGGGAGAAUCGACUCCUAUUCCGAUUACAGUUCGCCAGCUUGAAGCCAUCGUACGAAUAAGCGAAGCCAUCGCUAAAAUGCAGCUUUCACAGGAAGCAACAGAAGAGCAUGUCACCGAGGCCAUUAGAUUGUUUUACGUGUCCACAAUGGAUGCCGCACGGUCCGGAAUAACGGACAAUAUUACCGUGACACCGGAAAUGAGAAACGAGAUCCAGCAAGUGGAAACGCAAAUAAAAAGGCGCAUGGGAAUCGGCAGCUUCAUGUCGGAACGGCGCUUGAUCGAUGAACUAAUGCGGAUGGGAAUGCCCGAACCGACGGUGAGGCGAGCCUUGGUAAUCAUGCACCAAAGAGACGAGAUAGAGUACAAACGAGAGAGAAGAGUGAUAGUCCGAAAGGCUUAAAAACCAGCGGUCUCUCGUGAAGAUUAGAAGGCUCUUUACAAUCGUCGUUUACAGACAGAGUGAUAAGAACUUGUCCAGCAAGUCUUUCAGACAAGUUUUUCUCGGCU